UGGGUCAUGGCUGACGGACCAUAGAUUAACAAACACAAGCGUUUUCUCCUUGAUGAAAUAUCCGUUGAUAUCACGAUGAGACAGUUUGUUAUCUGCGCCUUGCUUAUUGUCUUGGCUGUUGCUUAUGUGCAGUCAGAGUGUGUUCAUAAUGGUAUCACAUACAAGACAGGUGAACAGUACCAAGACGACUGCAAUAAAUGCACUUGCAGUGGGAAUGGAGGAGGAGCGUGCACCAGAAGAGAAUGCCCACCCAAAGUCUGCACGUACAACGGAGGGAGUUACGGGGACGGAGAACAGUUUAUGGACGCUGACAACUGUAACCAAUGCACGUGCACUGCCACUGGGGUCGCAGCCUGUACCCUUAUGUUGUGUGGUUAACAACGACAAAUAAAACACCACCAUUAAUAACAUCACAUGUUUAUUAAAAAUGAUUUUCUUUGACUGUGGUCAUUUGAUGUAGCGCAUUUCUUGUUUUUAUGUACAUGAUGGUAUAAAAAUAAAA